UCGCGCCUCGGGAAAGCGGAGGAGAGGGCGAAUUUUCCGCGUCCCGAGUCCCCCAGGCCGGCCGAACGGGAACACGGGAACACCGGCAGUUUUGCACGGUCCUGCGUCCCGUCGACAUGUUCUGGAUCCUGCAGCAGCGGACGCGGUUUCUCAACAACAAUCCCGGUGCGAAUGGAGUCGAAAGCCGUCCAUUGCGAAAGGGCUACGACAAACUGACCGCCGACGAGGAGCUAACGACGUGCCAAGGCGAGGAAAACGAGCCCUCCCGCAAAAACAACAAUCUCCUGGAGAACCUGGACAACAGAAAAACCGGAUCACCGUGGAAAGUCUCGGAUACGGAAGGCAACUUCACCGAUACCGAACCCGACAGCAAGGAUAACGAUUUCACAGAUGAUUCUGAUUACGAAGAAGCCCUCACCUGCAACGUGUGCGACCGAAUGUUCGCCAGUCCCAAGCAAUUAUCCUCGCACAAACAGAAGAAACGCCAUUUCGGGUGCUCGGCCUGCGACAGCAUCUUCCCGUCUCUGAUGUCCCUGGAGCACCACAAGGAGGAGUUCGAGCACUGGUCGGACGAGGAUUAUCUGACCGAUUCCGAGGAGGACGAGUCCGUCAGCGAGGAGUGCGAGAGGCUGAUAUGAAUCCAACGGAGUAGAGUUUCGCUGUAUAUAUUUCUACGUGUAAGCUUGCUAGGUGGAUAAUUGUGUAAAGAUCGACUCCAGGUAGGUUGUAUAUUCUAUAUUAUGCCGGUAAUAUGAACCGGACCUGGAACCAUUUCGGGAGUACUGUUGGGCACAAUUUUUUUGUUUGAAUGUUUUUAGUGGUUGAGCAAUUGUAUGAAGCUCGAUUCUAAAGUAUUUGUUUUGUUGGAGCGUUCUGGAAUCUUCUGGGCUUGUGCAUUGGACACCAGUACUGUUUAGUACGGUUCCAGAUGAUUGUUGGGAUAUCAUUUUUGCCUAUGUUCGAUUUGAACGGUGGCAUGUCGGACGUAUUGAGCAAUACUGAGAAAGGAAUAUAAUUUUUUAUGCAUGUUACUAUACAAUAAACAUAUCUAUUUUACACAAUGUAGAAAAAUGCACAAAUUUGAAUUCUUU